CCGUGUUUGACUCUUUCACUAUGCAUUACACAAAAGUGAAAAUAGAAAUCAGAUAUUGUGACAUGAGAGAGAUCAAAAAUGACUUUUAUCCAAAUUUUAGGCUGAAUUGAUAUUCACAACAUUAUAGGAAGAUGAUAUCCCUCCCAUACCACUGUUGUAGAUUGAAGUUCAUAUGAUAAAAUACUUGUGUCCUACAUGUACAAUAUGGUGAAAGGGAACAUAUAUAUUUCCUGGGAAAGCUAAAACGAAACCAAAUUUAUAUAUCCAGGAACAACGUCCAACUUCUUAAGAUCCCAUGGACAAUCCAACAAAAAUUUAUUGUGGGAUAUGUGACGCCCAACAUAUCACGAAGACUGCAGAUUUCUGGUGCCCGGAGUGUGACGAAGGUCUUUGUACUGAAUGUAAAAACCAUCAUAGUUUUUCCAAAGCAAGUCGUCAUCAUGGCGUGAUUCUGAUAGAGGACUACAGAAAAUUGUCCACUGAUAUUUCAAACAUAAUGCACCACUGCACCGAACAUGAGAAAAAUCUUCAAAUGUACUGUCCACAUCAUAAUCAACUUUGUUGUCUUUUGUGCAUUUCAACAAGUCAUAAAGAUUGUACGGGGAUGUUAUCCAUUGAGGAAAUUGCGAAAACAUCUCAAUCUGGUGGUUUGUUGGAAAGUUUGCAGAAAUCGUUAGAAGACUUGAAAUACAAUAUUGAUAAAAUAGUCAAAGACAGACAAAUAAAUCUUACCAAAAUAAAAGAACAACGAAAAAAAUUUGAUGAUAGUCUGAAAAUACUACGCAAAAGAAUCAACAUUCAGUUUGAUAAAUUAGAAAAAGAAACCGUUAAUGAAUUAAAUUCAGCUGAGUGUGAUGUGAAAACGAAAAUUGAGGACCUGUUGAAAGAACUUCAGGAGAAAUCAGAAAGGAUAGCAGUAUUACAAAAGAACAUUUCAGAUCUUCAUAAUCAUGCAUCCGACUUACAAACUUUCAUUGGAAGCAAAACGCUAGAAGAGAAGAUCGAGUUUGAAGAGACAUAUAUUCAGUCAUUAACAGAAGAUGAACGUUUGAGACAGUUUUCCUUGAAUUAUAAUUAUAAUAAGACAAUUGAGAGUUUAUUCAAAGGCGUUACAUCAUUUGGAUUCGCAUCGACUGAAUCUAGUCUUCCGACUGUUGAGAUCAAAUUGCAUAAGGAUAAACAAGCUCAGAUAAUGUCUGCCAGCGUGAUUCCAAAAGGUGUGGACGAUUUCGAUGGGACAUUCUCGGGAAAGCUUCACGUUUCAAAAAAACAAUUUAGGAAAAAACGUGCUAAAGAUCAUGGCGCAUCAUGGGCAGCUUACUAUGCCAAGUUCUACAGCCAAACUCCAAAUGCCGAGUAUGGUGGACAGACGCAACAAACAGUUCAACAGUCACAGCAGCCAGCAUCUCAACAACCUGCUGCAACCAUCAACCCACAAACUGGCCAGCCAGAUUACAGCCAGGCAUGGGCAGAGUAUUACAGACAACAGGGAAUGUUUACGCAGGCACAGGUUGUCUUACAACGAGCUGCAGCCUUACAGGCAGGGGCAGGUAGUCCUCGACCUAUACAACCUCCUUAUUAAAUACUAGUAACUGGUACAUCAUCCAUAAAAAUAUUUUGAUUAUAAAUAAAUUAUA